UUUUAAACGAAAAAAGACGUUCCUGACUGUUUUUUUUGUCUUGCUGAUAAAUAAUACUUGGAAAUAUUCACUUGAAGGGUUUGAAGGAACGCGCGGAUCGAGUUCUGGAAAAUAACGCAGGAGGGGGUUACGGAUAUAUUCGAGGUAGAUGAUAUCGUUGCAAUCUGGUCGAAGACGAAACUCGCUUCAGUUUAGUUCGCGGUUAUAAAUUGUGAUUGUGAAUUGUGAUUGCCAGUUGACGACGAUUUGCCGGGUGGAUGGGUAUAGUCAUUUUUCGGUAUAUAAAAAAUUAUUUCGCGUUUUGACAGUAACCAAGAAACAUCCGCGAUCGUGCGUACGAGAAUACACACGCUCCACUUUACAAAAUGGCUACGUACCUCCGGUUGGGGGUCUUGGUGCUGUGUCUUGUAUUUACUGUUAGUGCGGUAAACAGAGAUGACUUCAAAAAAUGUGAUCAGAGCAGUUUUUGCCGACGUUGUCGUAAAGUUGAGCCUGGGAAAACUCCUUACGAAGUUCUGCCAAAUACAAUUGAUGCGAACGAAACAACACUGUUUUCUGAUCUUUACAACAAGGAUACGGGAGUUAAUUAUAUUCUUCAUUUGACUGCACUCAAGGGAAACAUAUUCAGACUCCAAAUAAAAGAGAAAAAUCCUAGGAAUGCAAGUUACGAAGUACAAGAUGCUCUGAAAGGUCCUCCAGAAACAUCUGAAUUGACUGUGGCAGAAAAAACGUCAGACCAUGUUACAGUGCUCAAUGGCAAUGGAAAAGCCAUUGUAUAUUUCAAUCCGUUCAGAGUGGACAUGUAUUCCGACAAUGAGCUUGUUAUUGCUGCCAAUGCCCGGGGUCUCAUGAGAUUUGAACACAAAAGAUUGAGACUCGAAAAAAAAUCUGAAGAGGCAGUAACAACAGAAGAUCCGUUAGAAGUCACGACAGCUUCACCGUUUCCGGGUGACGGAGCCGAAGACGAUCCUGGUGCGUGGGAGGAAAAUUUCAAAUCACAUCACGAUUCCAAGCCCUAUGGACCCGAAGCUGUUGCUCUGGAUUUCAGUUUUCCAGGAGCGGAACAUGCUUACGGAAUUCCUGAACAUGCCGAUUCUCAUGCAUUGCAAUCGACCAAGCAAACUGAUCCCUACAGAUUGUACAAUUUAGAUGUUUUCGAGUACGAGGUCAAUGAGCGCAUGUCACUUUACGGAGCCAUACCAGUUCUCUAUGCUCAUGGAACGGAGAAAACAUCCGGUAUUUUCUGGCAUAAUGCUGCUGAAACGUGGGUCGAUAUUUUAUCAAGUGCGGACAACAACAUGGUAGAAAAUAUCUUCAGUUUUGUAUCGGGUACAACCAAAAAACCGCAGGUCGAUGCUCACUUCAUGUCCGAAAGCGGUGUUAUCGAUGUAUUUUUCUUGUUGGGACCAAAGCCUUUGGAUACGUUUAGACAGUACACCGAUUUAACGGGCACGGGAAAUCUGCCACAGAUGUUCACACUGGGUUAUCAUCAGUCCCGUUGGAACUACAACGACCAAGAAGAUGUGGCGACGGUGGCGGAAGGUUUCGACGAGCAUGAUAUGCCGAUGGACGUGAUGUGGUUGGACAUCGAAUACACGGACGGAAAGAAAUAUUUCACAUGGGAUAGUCGAAAGUUUCCGAAUCCCUUAGAAAUGGUGCAGAAUUUGACGGCGAAGGGUAGAAAAUUGGUGGUGAUAAUAGAUCCUCAUAUAAAACGAGAUACAAAUUACUUCCUGCACAACGAUGCAACGGAUAAUGGGUAUUACGUUAAAACGCCCGAUGAGAAGGAUUACGAAGGCUGGUGUUGGCCCGGUGCAUCUUCGUAUCUCGAUUUCUUCAAUCCGAAAGUACGAGAAUACUACAUGUCUCUUUAUGCGUUUGAUAAAUUUCACGGAACGACUAAUGACGUUUAUAUUUGGAACGACAUGAAUGAACCGAGUGUUUUCAACGGUCCAGAAAUGACGAUGCCGAAGGACUUGGUGCACUACGGAAAGUGGGAGCAUCGAGAUGUCCACAACAUAGUUGGACUUUAUUUCACAUCUGCGACUUACAGCGCACUUCUAAGAAGAUCGAACGAUGCCCUCAGACCUUUCAUUUUGUCACGUUCUUUCUUCGCUGGGAGUCAACGAACCGUGGCCAUUUGGACCGGUGACAAUAUGGCUGAGUGGAGUCAUUUGAGAGCGAGUUAUCAGAUGUGUCUUUCGAUUGCGAUCUCAGGAAUAUCCUUUUGCGGCGCUGACGUCGGUGGUUUUUUCAAGAAUCCGGAUGCUGAACUCUUCGUCAGGUGGUAUCAGGCUGGCGCUUGGCUUCCCUUUUUCCGUGCACAUUCUCAUAUCGAGACUAAGAGACGCGAACCAUGGACUUUCAAGGACGAGACUACCCAAAUCGUUCGUGACGCGUUGCGUAUGCGUUAUUCUUAUUUAUCAUUGUGGUACACUCUCUUCAAGGAACACGAGUCCACCGGUGAUCCCGUUAUAAGACCGUUGUGGGCUCAUUAUCCGACCGAAUCCGCGACGUUCACGAUCGACGAUCAGCUUCUCCUCGGCGAUUCUAUCCUCGUUCGACCCGUUUUCGACCCUUCAGUCUCCGAAGUUAAGGUCUAUUUCCCCGGGGAUGGUAAGGUUGUUUGGUACGACGUCGAUACGAUGCAAUCGCACAAGACGCCCGGACUCGUUACCAUUCCUGUCACCCUGUACAAAAUACCUGUUUAUCAACGAGGCGGCUCGAUAGUACCAAGAAAAAUGCGUAUCCGUCGUAGUACAGUCCUCAUGAAAGACGAUCCGUACACCCUUGUCGUUAUUGCCGGAAACGACGGCACUGCCAAUGGUACUCUCUACAUCGAUGACGAAGUUAGCUUCAAAUAUCGCCAUGAUGAAUAUUUAUAUCUCCAAUUAACCUUCGAUGGGCACAACCUCACCUCCAAGUUUAUCAACAAAAAAGCAAUCUACGAAACCAAGAGCUGGCUUGAGAGAGUCGAUAUCGCGAAUCCACCGCAGGGAGUCAAAUCAGCGGUUCUCAAUUCGUCAAAAAUGGGAAAAGUUCUACUGGAAGCGAAAUAUAAUCCUAACAACAACGUACUCACUCUACGAAAACCAGCUGUAAAUAUGGGCGAAGAGUGGACCAUUGAAUUAGUUUAUUAGAUAAUCUGCAUAAUUUUAUUCUGUCUUGUGAAAUAUUCGCGAGUGAUUACAGAGACUCGUCUCGUAGUCUAUUACUGUUGAUUUUAUUAAAAUGUACUCGUGAAAGUGUGAAACUCGAAGAAAAAGAAGAACAAGAAGAGUACGAAAACCGUAACCUCGUAAUGACACAGCAUAAUACGAAGUUGUCAAAUUUUUUAUAACAACCGAAUAUCGCGUCGCUUGAAAAUCGUUAAUCUUUGAACGUGCCCAACUAUUUGGCGCCGAUUAAUAAGCGAAGUCAGCACUUAACUCCAAUCGUAUUGAUGUAAAUCGUGCUAAAGGGUAGAAAAUCAAGAAUAGAUUAGUGACAAAGAUGUUGGAUGAAUAAUUGUUUUCAUUGUUUUUGUCUUACACAGCCAUUGAUAGAACAAGACUUAAUAAACUUUUUACAAUGGAAA